GGAGAGGAAAAAUCCUUGAUUCACAAUUUUAAAGGCUCGGCGGUAAUCAUCAAAUUCAUUGCGCAAGACAACCAAAUCGCAAUAUGUCGACGCUUGCAGCAGCUCGGGCUGAUAACUUUUACUACCCACCGGAAUGGGAGCCAAAGAAGGGUGGGUUGAACAAGUUCAAUGGUCAGCAUGCUUUAAGGGAGAGAGCAAGAAAAAUAGAUCAAGGCAUCUUGAUUAUAAGGUUUGAGAUGCCUUAUAAUAUUUGGUGUGGUGGCUGUGAGUCUAUGAUUGCAAAGGGUGUAAGGUUCAAUUCAGAGAAAAAGCAAGUGGGGAAUUACUACUCUACGAAGAUAUGGAGCUUUAGUAUGAAGGCACCUUGCUGCAAACAUGAGAUUGUUAUUCAAACUGAUCCACAAAAUUGCGCUUAUGUGAUUAUGAGUGGAGCCAGACAAAAGGUUGAGGAAUAUGAUGCCGAAGAUGCUGAGACCUUGGCACUCCCUGUAGAUGAUGAUAAGAGUAAACUUGCGGAUCCAUUUAAGCGGCUUGAACACCAGGAAGGAGAUAUGAAGAAGAAGAAAGAAGCUGAGCCUGUAUUGGUACGCCUGCAGCGAAUAUCAGACUCCAGGCAUUUAGAUGAUUAUGCAUUGAACAAAUCGCUGCGGGCGAGGCUUAGGAAUCAGAAGAAAAGGGUAGCUGAAGAAGAAGCUAGCGCUAGGAAAUCAGGAUUUGGGUUAAGACUUCUCCCAAGUUCCGAAGAGGAUGCAGCAUCUGCUAAGGGUAUUAAUUUUGCUACAAAGUUUGAGAAGAAUAGAAAAGACAAGAGAGCGCUAAUUCAAGCUGCCUCGAUAUUUUCUGGAUCAUCUUCUUCUGCCUCUGAUAAAAGACGUUUGGAGCUAGAAGCUAUGAGGAGAAAAAUAAAUGCCACCACUGCAUCAAAGUUGUUAGCUGGAGGAGUCAAACCAUCGUCAUGGGCUCGUCAUUCUGCCCCAUCGCGAAAAUCCAUGAGAUCCUAAGGUGAUAAACAACUAUCUCGCCUGUAACCAUUGGUAUAUAAGUAACUCGCCAUUUGCUAAUUUGCAAUCCCAGUUUGUUAAUAAGUAUUGUGUAUCACCAAUGAGCCUAAGCUUCUUUGACCUUUCAACCACAUUUUGUUUGUAUUUUUGUAUUUUAUAAAUUGCAAUGAGCCCGAAUUUGCGGUUAAA